UUUAACUGUUACUGCUUGUUGAUCUUGAUACGUCGUGUGUCAAUUGAUCACAAUUUUGACACGUACUUUGCAUUUAUUUGAAAGCUUUAUUGUUCAUUUAUGAACUAAUCCCUACUUGGUAAUUCAAACUAAAAGAAUUAAAUUCGCUAUUAUGUGCCGAAAUUUCAGAUAAACAUUUCUUGAAUUAAUUCAGAUAAAUCAGAAUCUGUGAUCUUCAUCCCAAAUUAACAUGGAUAUGUUAUAUCAUAGAACUAGUGCCUUGUUGGAGGAAGUCCAUCGUCAUUUCGUACGCUUAGAGCGCAGUCCGCCUGAAAAAGCCCCUCUGGUUGAACAAGAGAUCCAAUCUUUUUUGGAUUCGAUAAAUGACAAUUGUUCUAAAUUGGAUAUCUUAGUCAAUAAAGAGAUCCCUAGUCGUCGUGUUGCUGCUAGAGUUCAAGUGGACCAGCUGAAGUACGACUGUCGUCAUUAUCAGACAUCUCUCCAGAAUGCAAUACAUCGCAGAAUGUUACGAGAGCAAGAAAUGAGAGAACGAGAAGAGUUGCUAAGUAAAAAAUUCUCCACUAAUGAAGAGAAUACUACCAUCAUGAUUGACCACUCUUUGCAACAUAAUACUAGUCUCCAGAAUGCAAAUAGAGGAAUGGAUGAUUUGCUGGGAUCUGGAAAUAGUAUUUUGACCAAUUUGCGAGAACAGAGAGUGACCUUAAAAGGUGCUCACAAAAAGAUAUUGGACAUAGCUAACACUUUAGGAUUAUCCAACACGGUUAUGAGGCUUAUAGAGAAACGUACCUAUCAAGACAAAUACGUCUUGUUCGGUGGGAUGUUUGUCACCUGCGUGAUUAUGUUUUUGGUAGUUAAGUACCUGACUUGAGUUGCAGUGCAUUUAGGAAUUUAAAUUUGAUCUUUUAUGUACAAAAUAUUCCAAAAUAUAUACGUAUAUUAAUAAAUGUACUGUACUUGUU